CACAAAACCCUAAAGAAAAUGGGAAACUCUUUGAGAUGCAUCUCGCAAGACCAAGAACAGAACCAGAAGAAACCCACCGUCGUCAACGGAGGAGGAGAGAGCAGCAACUCCGAGAAACACGUGCGCAGGCUGUCCCUGAUACCAUCUUUCCGUCGACGUACUUUACUACCGUCUCUCUCAUGCGCAGGAUCGUCAACGUCUGGAUCGUCCACGUCGAAGAGAGGAGCUGGGGUCAAGACCAAGAAGAAGAUCAGAGAAAGACACCACCAAGAGCAUCACCAUGACAACGAGAAAGACUCUCGUAUCCAAGAACAAACCUUAGCCGCUACUAAUGUCCUCUUUAGCCAGACGCCUCGUAACAGCAACUCUGCUCCUCCUUUCAGACGGUCCACAUCCGUCGUCUAUCCAUCCUCUCAGCCACCUCCCUCGGCCGUGGCUGCCGUCACAGGUUCUGUUUCUGGCGUCCUGACUCCUAAGAAGUCUACUAGUGGAUUCGUGAGAAGCUCCAGCAAUAGGCAGAGAUCAAGCACGGAUCCUGUUCUCAAACCAAAUCAGCUUCUAGACAAGGAGCUGAAGGUGGAAGGUGCGGAGACGAAGCGGUUCGUGCUGGUUCAUGGAGGAGGGUUUGGUGCAUGGUGUUGGUACAAAACCAUAACGCUCUUAGAGAAACAUGGCUUCCAAGUCGACGCCGUUGACUUGACCGGUUCUGGUGUCAGUUCCUUCGACACCAACAACAUUACCAGCCUAGCUCAGUAUGUCAAACCCCUCCUCCACUUCUUCGACACCCUUAAACCCACAGAAAAGGUGAUUUUGGUGGGACAUGAUUUUGGAGGAGCAUGUAUGUCUUAUGCCAUGGAGAUGUUCCCUUCUAAGAUCUCUAAGGCUGUUUUCAUCUCUGCUGCGAUGUUGGCUAAUGGCCAAAGCACCCUUGAUCUCUUCAAUCAACAGCCUGAGUCAAGUUAUGAUCUGAUGGAACAAGUCCAUCUAUUUCUGUACGCCAACGGCAAAAAGAACCCACCAACAGCCGUUGAUUUCGACAGAUCUUUACUCAAGGAUUUUUUCUUUAAUCAGAGCCCUCCAAAGGAUGUUGCAUUGGCGUCGGUAUCCAUGAGACCGAUCCCGUUCGCGCCAGUAAUUGAGAAGCUACACGUGUCUGAAAAGAAUUACGGUUCAAUCCGACGGUUCUACAUCAAAACCAUGGAAGAUGAUUACGCUGUACCGGUUUGUCUCCAAGAGGAAAUGAUCAAAUCAAACCCUCCAGAACAAAUAUUCCAGCUCAAAGGCUCCGAUCACGCUCCCUUUUUCUCUCGUCCUCAGUCCUUGAACCGAAUACUCGUCGAGAUUUCUCAAAUACCAUCCAAGAAAUCUUCCUAAACAUGUUACCGGUUAUGUCAAACCCAAACCGUACCGGACAUAGGAUCCCGUAAACUUAAAGCUAGAGAUUGUCGGAUUUUGUUUUUGAGUUGCCGCAGAGAUAUGAACAUCCCAUUUGCCAUCCUUUUUCAUUAUUUGUAAUUUUUUUAUCAAACAGUAUGCUUUAUUAUUAUUGAAAAUCAUUAAUUAAUGCAAAAUAUC